UGGGCGGCGUGGCGCUGCUAGCUGGGCGCGGGGCCGGAGGUGCCGGGGCUCGCCGCGGUUUAGCGUGUGGAGCUGCGGUGUGCCUCUCGGGAAAGCCCAGCCUUGAGGGCAGGAAAGCAUCGGGUGGCGGCGGCGGCGGUAGCGGCGGCGGCGGCCGCCACCGGCUAGUGCGGGGCCUCGGGCCGAGUGGGGCCGAGCGCUGCGGGGGGAAGCGGCGGCGGCGGCGGCGGGUCCCGAGCGCUGCGCGCCAUGGCGGGCGGGCCCCCCAAGGCCCUGCCGUCCACGGGGCCCCACUCCCUGCGCGACAUGCCGCACCCGCUGGCCGGCUCCAGCAGCGAGGAGGCCAUGGGAGGCGACAGCACGCCCAGCCCGGACCUACUGAUGGCCCGCAGCUUCGGUGACAAGGAUCUCAUUUUGCCCAAUGGGGGUACUCCAGCAGGCACUUCGAGCCCAGCCUCUUCCUCUUCCCUUCUGAACAGACUCCAGCUUGAUGAUGACAUUGACGGUGAAACCAGAGAUCUCUUUGUCACUGUUGAUGAUCCCAAGAAGCAUGUCUGUACCAUGGAGACCUACAUCACAUACAGGAUCACCACCAAAAGCACUCGGGUGGAGUUUGACUUGCCGGAAUAUUCUGUUCGCAGAAGAUACCAGGAUUUUGACUGGUUGAGGAACAAACUGGAAGAAUCGCAGCCCACUCAUCUCAUUCCCCCGCUUCCUGAGAAGUUUGUGGUGAAAGGUGUUGUGGAUCGUUUUUCAGAAGAGUUUGUGGAGACCAGAAGAAAAGCUCUGGAUAAAUUCCUAAAAAGGAUUACAGAUCACCCCGUGCUCUCUUUCAACGAACACUUCAACGUGUUCCUCACUGCUAAGGACCUGAAUGCCUACAAGAAGCAGGGGAUAGCACUGCUGACCAGAGUGGGUGAGUCUGUCAAGCAUGUUACAGGAGGUUAUAAGCUGAGGAGUCGGCCUCUGGAGUUUGCAGCCAUUGGUGACUACUUAGACACGUUUGCACUCAAGCUGGGAACCAUCGAUCGGAUAGCCCAGCGGAUCAUCAAAGAAGAAAUAGAGUACCUCGUAGAGCUGAGGGAAUAUGGGCCCGUGUAUUCCACAUGGAGCGCCUUGGAAGGCGAGCUAGCAGAGCCCCUGGAAGGUGUGUCGGCCUGCAUUGGGAACUGCUCCACAGCCUUGGAAGAACUGACAGAUGAUGUAACAGAGGAGUUUCUCCCAGUGCUCAGGGAAUACAUUCUGUACUCUGACUCCAUGAAGAGUGUCCUGAAGAAGAGAGACCAAGUUCAAGCAGAGUAUGAAGCCAAACUGGAAGCUGUGGCUCUGAGAAAGGAAGAUCGUCCCAAGGUGCCAGCAGAUGUGGAGAAGUGCCAGGAUAGGAUGGAGUGCUUCAACGCUGACCUGAAGGCUGAUAUGGAGAGGUGGCAGAGCAACAAGCGCCAUGAUUUCCGGCAGCUGCUCGUGGGCUUGGCUGACAAGAAUAUCCAGUAUUAUGAGAAGUGCCUCAUGGCGUGGGAGUCGAUUAUUCCACUACUGCAAGAGAAACAAGAGACCAAGUAGAUUUGUUCUUGGGACAGAGACUCUUCUGCCUCCACAGGGCGUGGCACCCUGAACCAGAAUGUCCCUGCAGUGCCGGAGAGGUGGUCGUGGGAAAACAGCACAACAGCACCUCUCGUUUGUGUACUUUCUCCCUCUCCCUCCCCCCAUGGUUGUUUUCAGUUUAGUAUUUAUUCCCUGGAGGAGUCUAUGAGGCUGUAAUCAUCUCUCCACAGAAGCAUACCUCCAUAUUGUGAAGGAACCUCCUAAAUGGAACACUAUGAAGACUUGAAACUAAGGGACAGGACAACCCCCAGAUGACACAUGACAUCACUUUGGGGGGCAGCCCAAUUACCGUUGUGGGACAGAACAACAGUCCUGCUUUUCAGGGACACGGGAGACAUGAAGAAGGCAGCUGUGGCUCGCUGUGGCAACCCUGUGGCUCUGUACUUUGCCCCUGGGGGCAUUGGCCUGUCCCAGCAUAGGAGGUUUAGGUACCUUCUUGGAAUGUCCUUAAUUUACAGUGGCCUGUGGCUGUGACUGUGGCCUACUGCCUGCUCAUCAUGAGUGGCAUCUCUUGACUUAUUUCUGGUUCACUUGGGUCCUUUUAAAUCAGUGUCUGUGUGCAUCAAUGCUCGAGUGAGCAAGCCAGCGUCCUUGUCCUUACGUGACGCCUCAGGAAGCUGAAGAGAAUGCCCCUGGAUCUUGUUUCUGACACCAGAAUGCUAUAGAUGAGAAGCUUUUUGGUGUGAAUUGGGGAAAGGUGCAUUUUUCUCCGUGAAGGUGUUAGUGUUUUUGUUUUGUUUGUUCACCGUCAUCGUGGUUGGGAUUAGACCUGUUAGGAAACAGCUGCUGUUUUAUGGUCAGUGACUCUCCUGUGUGCCAAGCCCCAGCCUCAAUGUCUGCUUUGUGCAAAUUUGCCUUAACCUCACCAAAAAUGUCUGGCUUAAUACUUCCUAUCAUGCCCACUGAAUAUCUGGGCAAUCUUGCAGUGAGGGCUGGUGUGUCGCAUUGUUAUGACUGUCACAACUUGUAAGUUCAGUGUGAAUGUUCUCUAUGAGUGUUUUAACCCUCAAUUCUGUGGUCUGGAGGAACACUAUCUGCAGGGCUCUUGGAGAUGAGAAGAGAGACAGCAGGCUCUAUGCUUCUGACUAUAUGGAAAUCUCCAUUUGCAGUCAAAAUCUGAAGACUGCUGCCUGGGCUUAAAGUCUUCAUUUGAAGCUUUUCAAAUUGCCAUAAAGUCAACAAUUAGAAAGGAUCUCUUUCAGGUCAUUAUUCUUGCUGAAAAGAAGCUGCAUAGUGUUUUUUGUUUUGUUUUAAUCUGUGGCUUUGCUAAAAACCAUAAAUCUGAGCCUCAGGUAAAUGGAAGGGGUUUUGUUUGUUUUAAAAUGAAACAGUUGAGUUACUGAUUCCUUCACAUACAAAUUAAUUUGCAAAUUCCAAUCAACACACAGCAUGCUGAAGUUCUGUCAUUCCUUUUCUCAGAGUUGGACCUCCAGUCAGCUGCAUCUGGGACAUUGUGGGCAGCAGCUAGACAGCAUGAAACUUUGUCUUUCCUCACAUGACUGAAAUAAUAAUUCCUGAAACUAUUGGUACUUGCCUAAGCCCCAUCUGUGCCAUCCUAAAAUCCUUUGAUGUGAACUUUGUUUGGUACAAAUAGAAAGGGCCCACUGAAGCAGAGGGUAAGAACAGUCUGUACACCCCAAACUUCAGUGGCUCAGCAUCUCAUUCUACCUCUAAACCGUCGGGUUGGUGUGGGUGAGAACGCCUACAGCCAACCCCAGCACACUGAUAGAGUCAGGGCAUGCAUCUAGUCAUCAACAGGGCUCCACUGAUGUAUAUCAUGAGACACCAGACUGGCCUAGCAGUGAUGGUCAUUUUUGGGAAACAUGAAACUUGGCUCUGUAGACUGUAUGCCUGAUAAGUGUCCAGUGUACUGAUGCUUGGAAGGAACUACAGAAAGAAUUAAGGAGAGCUACAAUUUGAUGGCCAUCUGAUUGCUGAACCCCAAGUCAGUCCUGAAUGCUGAUUAGCUACAUAAGAAGGAAGCCCUGUUUAAACAGCCCUGGGCUGCACUGGGAAAUGUAGGAAUGGAAGUAGAGUCCUCAGGCAUUCCCUUGUGAGAGACUGGCUUUCAGGGAGGGCAUCUUGAAAUUUUUGUCUUGUUCUAUUUUUUUUUUUUUGACAGCAAGCAAUGUUCCUAGGCUUUAAGAUUCCAGAAAGAGCUGGAAUAAUGGAGACUAUUGGUCCCCUAGGAACGAUGUCAGUGGCCAAGUCAAGAACAACCAUGCGUGAGAAGGCACUCUUGUCCUGGUCUUCAGGCUAGCAUCUGAUGAGCUGAGGCCGCUGGCCCAGAAGGAAAGGGGCAGUAGACAGUGAAGGAGGUCUCCUACCCUGUGGCCCCCUCAGUCCCAGGAAACUCAGCAGUCACAAGCAUUUGUUUCCUCUUGGCCAAGCACAAAAGAGAUUUCCCACACAAAACAUAGCUCAGAGACUACAGUGCCAAAAUGCCUCAGAGAGGCUCCAUUAGCUCCUUCUGGAGCCUACAAAGCAUCUGCUUUGAAGUCACGGAUCCCUCUUGUUUAUUUUCCAUGAGACUUUGCCUUGAGGUUAGAAUGCACUGAACCUCAAGCAGAGGGAUAUACACAAGUUUUGAGGAUUUUAACAUGUGAUAGUAAAAUGAAAGUUGGCUUUAGUAAUUGCCCAGGUCCUGAGAAAUGGAGGGUUUGUUCACUGGGUUAGAAAUCUGUCAAGGUAAAAAGAGAAUUCUUAAAACCAAGGAGAGUAGAGAGAUGAGAGUGUUUACACGACACUGUUGUGGUUUGUAGCAGUAAAGGAUAAUACUAAUGCUGGCAAUUUGUAAGAAGAAUCUGGGCUGCUCUGCUCAAAGCAAGGAGGCAUUGCUCUGGAGUAAGGAGGGACUCACAUCUUGGACUAUGUGGGCUUGGGCUUUUUCCUCUCCAAAGGCUCAGUCAUGAUUGUUGGUGAGUUGCAAGUAGGUUUAGGGAGGCCAAGCUACUCCUGAACUCACCAGGCAUUUCCCCAUAGUCAGCAUAAGAAAAGCCCAGCAUGCCUGGUGGUAGAAGUGGAAUGUAAGUCUCUUUAUGCCAACUGUGAGGCCCAAGGAGUGUACUCUAGAUGCUGAGUAGAGUGUACUCUUUUUCCACUCAACAGGAGGAAACUGUCCAUGCAUACUGUUGUAGCCUUUGGUGAGGGCCCAAUGGAAGCUCUGAUUUUAGAAGUGAGCAUGAUGGCAAUGUUUCUCUUUUAAGACAACACCCAAAGAAUAUUCAGACUCUGUGACUCGGUCCUGUCCUAUGGCACUGAAACCCUAGGUAGCUGGCUCUGUUUCAGUGAGGUCAUUUGUAUCAUAGUAACAUCACUUCACUACACUGUCCUGAGCUGGUUGCGAUGGGUAAAGCAAAGCCAAGGACUGCCUUAGAGGCUGGGUUGACCUUACUGGUUUGGGUCUUGGAGUGCGCUGGAACUGGGCUCUUCUCUGGCUAGGUGGGGCUGGCAACCCUGAAGGGUGAUUCUUACAGAGAAUCAGCUCCUGUGGCUGGGGCAGGGCACUCCCUUCUGGACCCUGCCCUCUCACAAAGGGUAUUUGGAAAUCAAGUAAACUAAGCAUAGAGUUAGGAGACUUUGGUCAUCUUCAUUUACAAGAUUAUGUUGGGAAUUUGGGGUUUCCUUUUCACUCUUAGAAAAUCUUCAGGAUGACAACAGAUUGAAUGUGCCUUCUCAUCGCCUGUGGUUUUCUCUCCUCAGAUAGCAGGGGCACUUAGCAGUACAGUUGAGGAAAAUUACCUCUUGGCCAAAUAGAGAUGCGGUAGGUGUUGGGGCUGCUUCCUUCUCCCUAUUUAUAAUUUAGUAAAUAAUGAGGGAUUCACUUUUUAACCAACCCACUCUGUAGGUUGUCAGUGUUCUGUUUUGAAGGUGUCCCCAUGGUUGCACACAUCAGAGGGCUGGGACUCUGUCCAAGCUGGGGUGAUGGUUCUCUUACAGGGGCAAACCGUUGUCUCUUAAUCAUAUCUUUUUGAAAUAUUCCUGGGUGUGACUGACUGCCCAAAUCUUUAUGUGUGGAAAAACAAAACAAAACACAUUACUAUUUUUUAACUACUGUAGUUUGUAAAUAAGUGCUGUGGGGUGGGGGAAACUUCUAAAGAGACCAAUAAGAUGUCUCUCUCAUAUCUGUGUUCUUAGCACUUGAAAACCAACACAUCAAGAAAAAGCAACAGACUGUUAAAAGCCUAAUUGUAGUUCUUAAAACUUUGUCAGUACCCACUAAUUGCCUUACUCUUCAGCUAGUGUUUAAAAAAAUUUGCAUAGAAAGUUUUACAUGUGAAAGCAGAUGGUCUAGAAACUUAAUAUAGAUCAUCUUCAGUCCCAUUAAAGCCAGAGGUGAGGGUCACAGAAGGAAGGUGGCCUUUUGGGAGGUGAGACUAAAUAUUGCUGUUGCCAAAUGGUAUUUGAAAUAAUGUCAAGAAACAGGGACGAUGACACUGGCACUGUUUGAUGUUUUUGAGUGAGAAAGGCAAACUUGGUUUGUUGCACUGGCAUAGUUUGGGUUGUUGAGUAUACAGACAUUAUCCGCAGUGACAAAUCGCAUAGCUUCAGAGGAUUCUCUAGAUUGUGACAGCAUGAAAGUUUUACCCUGUUUCUGCAGAAUGGGCCCCAGAGCACGUUGGGAUAGAAAUUCUCCAAAGGUUGAAAUGCCAAAUAACAUAAACCCUUUCUGUCAACUCAUUAAUAUUAAAGCCAAUGGUAAAGAGUUGACUAUGUGCCACUCCUAGAAGUACCGCCUAAACAUCAGGUGAUUUGAGCUCUCUGCAGUCUGGGUCAGAGUAGCUAACACCUGUGCACAGUGCGGUUUGACAGGCUGGUCCACAGCCUUAGAGGGAUGCUUUGCCAGGAACAAUGCUGGAGGGGAGGGAGGAAGGGGAAUUUUUUCCCCUAGACUGCAAAGCAACGUGUGGAUUGGUGUAACAAAGCGAUGGCUGUGUCAGCUGGGCCUUCAUCCAGGAAUAAACCAGCACAAACCAGCAUCUUUCCCAGUCAGCACUGUCCACCUCGCCAGUGCCGAGGGUUGGGCCUCUCCCUCAAGAGUCCCUGCUCCUUGUAUUUCUGUAUGCCUGUCCCCUUCAUGCCUGAGUCAGGAAUGCAUGGAGAGGCAGCCUGCAUCUGACAGACUCCCAUGAAACAAACUGCCAGCAAACUUUCUAGCUCGCAUUUUAACUGUUCAAGGGGGGGAUUAUGACAAAUUUUUGGACUGUGUUUUUUAUUUUUAGAAGUUGUUUUUGUGUUUAAAACUUCCAGAGAAAGAAGCAGGCUUCUGAGGUGUGGUGUCCUGCUGGGCUCGCUCUCUCUCCAUGCUGCCAUUAAGCCAAAACAAAAGCUGUGAGCAUAAGUGCUUGAGAGAAUGCGAGUUGAUAAGAAAGUGAUUUCUUUACAGAUCCAAGACUUUGUCUCAUGAAACUACCAAAAAACGAAUGUCACCUUUUUCUUUGUUAUGAAACCAGAGAUUAUAAAAAGAAAAAAAAAGCUGUUUUAUUGUAUUUUUGAUGCUGGCACGAGGUUCUUGUCCACUUUUGUUUUUCGUAUAUCUGUGUGUAAGAAAUUCUGUUUGUUGUUUACUAUGGAAUUAGUAUUACAUUUUGAGGUAAACGAAGAAUUUGUAUUGCUUGAUAAACUAUUAGCUUGUAAAUUAAAAAAUUCUUUACCUCAGUUAACUUAAAGUAAUGGACCAAUAAAUCUAUAAAAGAUGCUUUAUUUA